CGAAUGACAUUGAUUCACCCGUAAAAGAGAUAUUUCAAAUAUUUGAGGAUAAGUUGCGCCCAAGUAGGCGUUCUCAGUCACACUAGUAGGCUACUAGCCUAGGCUCUAUCGCUUAGUGGCUGGAUCACACACAAAUCACAUGAUGUGUCACGUGGAGCUGAGCCAAGCCAAGCGCGCGCGCGUCUUUGACUUUGCCAGUUGCCAGUUGCCAGUUGCCAGGCCAGUUGCCAUGUUAGUUCCUCUCCACACUCCACUCUACUUUGCCGCCUUAUGAUGCGAAACAUUCCGUCUGCUGGGAAGGAAAUUGUUUUCCACUACGCCUGAGGUCCAGUAACAUGCAGGACUGACCAGUUUUUGUGCAAAAAUGACUCUUACUGCAUUGCCUAUCAACACCUGUGUGAUGGCGUUGUUGAUUGCAAGGAUGGCUCAGAUGAAGAUGAAUGUGAUUCUGGCAAGAUCAUGUGCAAAGAACAGCCUCAUGACUUCCUCUGUGCUGACUUUUCUGGGUGUGUCAUGGCUCUCACAGUAUGCGAUGGUUCAAAAGAUUGUCCCGAUGGUUCGGAUGAGUUGUACAAUUGUUCGGAAACUUGCAAUAAAAACUGCCAUUUCUGCCAACCAAGCCCAAGUGGAACCAAAUGUGUUUGCGACAGAGGAUAUCAACUGGACGUUACGGCUGACCAACCAUGCACCGACAUAGAUGAAUGCAGCCAGACAAAUGAGCAGGUAUGCAGUCAACACUGUCAGAAUACACCAGGCAGUUUUCGCUGUGAAUGUGCCAGUGGAUAUGAACUUGCUCCUGACAGCAGAACGUGUAAAGCUACAGGUCUCGAACCGAUACUUGUUCUGGCAACACCUGAUGAGAUCCGAACCUUCACACUUCACAAACACGAAUAUGAUGUGGUGAUGGAAGGACUGAAUGGGCUGCAGGACAUAGCUAUAGAUAACAAAGAACAUCGAAUCUUCUGGUCAGAGCAAGGAGAUGAUAGAAGCAAUCCUGGAGUUUUCUCUCUUGAUCUCGUCAAUCCACAGCACUCGAAAACAACCAUCGCAAGUUUUGGUCUUGUAAAGCCAGUAGAUCUGGACUAUGAUCAUCUGAGGGAAAACCUUUACAUUCUUGACCAAGGCAAACCGGCCAUCCUUGUGUGUACUGUUCAUGGACUAUGCACCACUGUUUUUAACAGUUUCUCCUUGAACUACCCUGCGUCUUUAGUUCUGCAUGUACAAAAAGGCAUUCUUUACUGGGUGGAUCAUGAUGAUGCUGGCACGUCUGUGAUAAUGAAUGGCACAAUGGAUGGCAAUUUGGCCGAUCCUUUCAUCUCGUCUCGGCUGCGUCACGUGACUGCCCUGAGUCUGGACACCACCACUGAUCUGCUGUUCUGGUACGACAGCUUCUACCAUAUGGUGGAAAGUGUCAGGCUGGAUGGCACACAGAGACGGACUGUGGCCAGCUCCUUGUCAGCUGUCCCAUCCACUCUGGCUGUGUUUGAAGAUAAGAUUAUCUGGGCGAGUAGAGACAAGCAUAGUAUCGUGUCUGCAAACAAGUUCUCCGGCACGAAAUUGCACACUAUGGUCCAGGAAACCCCAGCCUGUGUAUCACUUUCUGUUAUGCACAGUAGCUUGGCUGCACCUGCUGAUGGGUUCCACGACUGUUUCUUGAAAAAAUGCAGCCAUAUCUGUUUGAGUGGAACAGAUGGUGACGCCACCUGUGCAUGCGCAGAGGGUUAUGAGCUGGAUGACUCAGGGCAAUAUUGCCACGAAACUUUGGAUGAGAGCUCUGCCGCAUUCUUGAUUGCAUCGGCACGUGAAGAAAUUAUUAGUGUCAAACUGUCUGUUGCUGGGGAGCCACUGGUCAGUUCUCUAAAGACAGACAACAUGAGGAAUGUGUUUGUCUUGACGUACCUCUCAAAGUCUCAUGAAGUUUUAUACUCGACAUCUAUGGAAAGUGGCAAGAUUGGCAUUUACAAGCUCAGCGGAUUAAAAGAAGAACCAAAGUCCACUCCCAUUCUUGAAGAUCUUCAUGGUGUUGAAAGCUUGGUGGUGGAUGAGUCCUCCUCAGUAAUUUAUUGGGUUGACAGCUUGAAGAAUACUAUAGAAAUUUCAUCUUUAGAUGGAGGUCACAGAAACAAGUUAGUGAUCCCGGCCACUUAUCCUUAUGCCUUGGCUCUUGGUCCUGCAGAGGGAUUACUGUUCUACUCUGAUUUGGGAGAGCCCGCCAGCAUUAAGAAAUGCCGUCUGGAUGGUACACAGUGCGUCACCAUUGUGUCCCGUGGUCUACAGAGGCCAAACUCCCUCACUCUCCAUGACGGACGUCUUUUCUGGAGUGAUUUUACAACUGGAGAUUUGUCAUCUGUUAGAUUUGAUGGUGGGGACAGAAAGCGACAUGCAAUUGCUGGAGGAAAUCCCAUUUCUGUAUCUGUCUACAAGACGACGUUAUUCUGGACGGAACUUGGCUCCGCUUCUAUCUUCCAUAAAGAUUUCAAGAGUGAUGGCAAAGAGUCGCAGAUUGACACUCACAAAGCAAGACUUUCUGGCCUGUUCUUGGCCGCACCACACAAGUCAGUGUCCAGUCCAUGCUCAGCAGACAAUGGUGGGUGUGGUCACAUGUGUAUUCACAAACCGGGAGGAGACGUGUCGUGUCUGUGUGGCUACAGUUUUCAGAUCCAGUCAGAUGGCAAAACAUGCCAGAGAGAAGCGAAGAACUGUACUGGCUUUCUCUGCAAAGACCAAGUCACCUGUAUUGAUGCCGACAAAGCGUGUAACUACCUCCGAGACUGCCCUGAUGGAAGUGAUGAAUGGGACUGUACUAGUCAUGUUACCCCGACAUGUUCUGAAGACCGCUUUCCAUGUCCUCGAUACUGCAUGCACAAAUCAUUUCUAUGUGAUGGGCAGAGCGAUUGUGAUGAUGGAAGUGAUGAAGAUCCAAAGAAUUGUCCGGUUGUCACCUGUGAAGCUGACGAAUUUUUGUGUGACAACCGCACCUGUUUGCAUGAGCUUCAUGCCUGCGAUCACUUUGAAGAUUGUUAUGAUGGCUCAGACGAGCAAAACUGUGCACCUCCGGAUUGUGCGGAAAAUGAGUUUUCAUGUGAUAAGCGUUGCCUGCCAAACUCUUGGCGGUGUGAUGAGGAUAAGGAUUGCAAGGAUGGAAAAGAUGAAGAGAAUUGUUCUGAAGUCACAUGCUCUGAUGCUCAGUUUUCAUGUGGAGAUGGUUCUUGCAUUCUCAAGACGGACAUUUGUGAUGGAGUUGACAAUUGUGAGAACGGAGAGGAUGAGGAGGAUUGUGAAGCCGAGAAAGUGCAGACAAGUGAGUGUUCCUUCACUUGCUAUGGCGGAGAAUGCCUGAGUGAAAGUGCAGUUUGUGACGACCACCCCGACUGUCCUGCCCAUGAGGAUGAGUCUCCACAGACAUGCGCCAUGUCCUGUGAAAGUUCUGAGUUCCAGUGUGCGGACAGGGAGUGCAUCCCAGGAGCCAAACGGUGUGACCAGGUGGAGGAUUGUUCUGACGGGUCAGACGAAGAUCCACUGACCUGUCCACCUCCACCUACAGAGGCUCCGGUGGACAACUGUGCUGAUGGUUUCCAGUGUGGGAGUGGUGAAUGCGUGGAUGGAGACCUCAUGUGUGACGGCCGUGUAGACUGUUACGACGGCUCUGACGAGCACAUCUGCAAAACAACAUGUAAAGACUACGCCUGCAGUCAGAUGUGUCGUGAUACCAAGGACGGGCCAACAUGCUCUUGUGUCAAGGGAUUCCGCCUUGUGGAUACUCUCAUGUGUGAUGAUGUGAAUGAAUGUGAAAUCAUGAACGGAGGCUGCAACCAGAUGUGUGUUAACCAAAAAGGGGACCACAUGUGUACCUGCCUCAAAGGGUAUAUCAAAGGAAACGAUGGUGUAUGUAAAGCUUCUGGCUCUCGCCCUAACCUCUAUGUUGGCACUUUCUCUGGUAUCAAGAGGGUUUUGGCAGGAGGCAAAGGGGAGACAUUGGCUUUUCCCUUGGAAACCAUGACUAUUCAUAUGGACCUUAAUUUGCACAAGAGGGACACUGUGUGGGUGCAGUAUCAGAGCAAUCAGUCUUCCGGGAUGGCUAUGUACUCUGCAUCUGUAGGUUCUGACCCUCAUCUGAUCACUGCUGAGCUUGGUAACGUCAGAGGACUGGCUAUUAAUUGGAUGACUGGCAAUAUAUUCAUUUCACAGGAAGUAUCCGGUCUAUACACAAUCUCAGUGUUUGAUGGUCGUGGUUACCGUUCUACACUGAUAAGUGGAGGUCACUACGAGCUUGGAUCUAUUGCUCUUCACCCAGCCAAGGGUUUAAUGUUUUGGCUUGCCACUCAUCCCACCGGCAAUCGCGUGGAAGGAUCUUGGAUGUCAGGCAUGUACAGAGGCACCAUUGUGUCCUCCAUAGGACAAUGGCCACUUUCUCUCUGUAUCGAUCAUGCAAUGGAGCGCCUCUACUGGCUCAAUGGAUACAGCGGAGAAAUUGAGACAAGUAAAAUUGAUGGCUCAGAUAGAUUUAUUGCCGUUCACUCCUUAUCCAGUAAGAUAUUUGCCAUGGAUGUCUUUGAAGGACUUGCUUACCUCACGGACCAAGGGAGCAACCACGUGAAGACAGUGGCCACCUACAACCCUCAACUGAAACGAAAAACGCUCUUAAAACUGAGCCAUCCUGGCCCGAUCAAAGUCAGCCAUAUGCUGAAGCAGCCAUGGGGUUCUAAAGGUAAUCUUUGUGCCAACAAGUCGUGCAUGUACCUGUGUGUGAUGACCCCGGGGCAGGGACAGUGCUUGUGUCCAGAGGGCUAUGCCACAGACGGAAAUCCAAACUGUGAAGGGCCAAGAGUAAACAAUGUAACCAUGGAUAAGGCCCAGGUCCCAUCAACUGUGUUAAAAUUCACGCCUUCUACAAGCUGCUUGCUACAGUGUCUCAAUGGUGGGACUUGCAUCCGUGUGACUGGAACAUCUCUAUGCAGCUGCCCACCUGGGUUCAGAGGGAACAUUUGCCAGCAUAGAGUAGAGGAGAAGAAAGAGAAUGAAGAUGAAAGUUCCCAUUUGUGGAUUAUUGGUCUAGUCUUUGGACUUGUUGUGCUGGUUGUAGUGGUAACCUUACUCGCCUGCUACUUCAGAUACAAAAGAAAUAACGCAAGCUUCAUCAGCACCAUCAAGUACCUGCACCAGAAGACGGGCAAAGGCAAGGAGAACGAUAAGUCUGAGCUAGUCCCGGAGAUCUCCUUCAGCAACCCGGGCUUCCAGGAGGAAAUAGAUCAGGAGGCCAUGUCUUACGGGGACUGGUGGAAAGGCCUUCUGGCUCGCUCUCGUCGUUCAAUGGACUCGGCUUUGACCAGCAGCCAGCCCAACAGCAGCGUGAGCAGUGGGGAUGUGGAGCAAGCUGAUGAAGUUAUCACCACAAGUGGACUCCGAGGAUCUCCGGACAGAAUAAACUUGCUGAAAUGAAGGAUUUGUAACUUUGUUCACGUGUGUCUCGGGGGGAAAACUGGAGACUGUUUGUCCAGGGAAGCUUGUGAUGCAGACGUCUUUAUUAAGUAUUCCAGUGUUCUUCUCUGUAGAGUUUCAUGACUUGAAACUUGGAAGGCGUGUUUCAUGACAUUGACAUGAUGCAGGCUGCUUGUGUAUGUCAAUGAUUUUUUUUGUUGACAAAUGACUUCAUUGAAACAAUUCUCUAUUUCUACUUCUCAAUGAAUCUCUGAGAAUUGUAAGAAAAUGUUCUGUUUCUUUCCCCUGAAGAAUGAUGCAUACUCAAUGCAGACACAAUAAUUGCUCUAUUGAUUCUACCUUUGACUGCCAUCUGUAAAGCUUGCAAAGCAUUUAUUAUUCAUAACACUUUUGGGGGAGGGGGGAUAUGGGCUUGGAGUAUUUGAUUUAUGGAUUCUUUUGGGAUUAUUUUGUGCCUUGAUGUCUCAUUAGGUCACAUUUUAAUCUUACUGGGGCUCCACAAUUCAUUUUAGCAUCGGAAAUUGUGCUUUCUUGACAUCUUUGUGACAGAAGUAUUGCAAAUGUGAACUUGCAUCAUCAUACAUCAUGUAUCUAAAUAAAGGACUUUGAAAGUGAUCGAAUCUGCGCCCCUAACCCCCCCCCCCCCCUCCCCCACACACCUAAUGGAAAACAAAAUCAUUGUAGUCAUGGACUGGAGUUGUUCACAUUUUGACAAAACCCUAUAAGAUAUUAUAAAAGAAUGAAUUCGUAUUUAUUGAGAUAUUUUAAAAAGUAAAUUGUUUUAUUUAUGUGCACCAUGGUACCAAUCUAUUUAUUUAUAACAGAUUAUGUAUUCGUUACAUUCUAUUAGAUUUGCAUACAUUUGUGUGUGUGAUACAAUCAUGCACUGUUAUUUAUAUUGUUAGACAUUAUUUUCAUAUAUUGCAUCGACUAUGUUAUUUAUUCAAUAAAAAUUAUGGCAAGUUCAA